AUGGGCUUUAUAAACCAAUUAGGAAGUCGGCUUGGACUGACUGAGAAGAGUAAUCCCUCUAAUGAAAUAUCUCAGAUCAUUCCUAUAUCUGGAGAGCCUUCACGAUGUGAUCGGUCAGAAUGUCUCAAUGCAUUCCGCAGCAACUGUUUCAAACUCAACUCAGAAGACGAAGCAACGACUCUCUGGGAAAGUGCAAAACCUUUUGAUUUCCACAUACUUGUGUCAACGGGGAACCACGACUGGAAGCACGAUGCAUUCGAUUUGCCUGGUACAGUCCUAGAGAGUAUUAAUGAUUUCGACUACCAGAGGUACGGAACGGUGAAAUUAAAUGUGACUUCCAUGGCCAUGCCGUGCACGGAGUCUCAGUACAAGAAAUUACAAAAGGCGGACGUUCUUAUCAUGCCCUACUUUGUCUGGGUUAGGGGUAUUACCACAGCCAACUGUGAUAAGGCAUUGGUUGAAGUUCUCGACAUCUUGGCCGCUAAGCAUGGAUCUUUUAAGGACUUGCCUAAAGAGAUCGAGGGUGCCACUUUAGAAGCAGAUAUCUUCAAAUCACGCGUGUUUCUUUGUUCCCAUCGUACCAGAGAUAAGAGAUGUGGAAAGACGGCACCAAUCAUGAAGAAAGAGUUUGACGCUCAAUUGAGGGACAUGGGUUACUACAGAGAUAUCGGAGAUAACCGUCCAAAUGGAGUAUCGGUCGACUUUGUGAACCAUGUUGGGGGUCAUAAAUUUGCUGCUAACGUUCUCAUAUAUAAUAAGGGGGGAGAAUUUGCCUGGUUUGCCCGUUGUACCCCUCUCAACGUGCGUCCAAUUAUAAACGAAACUAUUCUCAAAGGUAAGGUGUUCCCGCAGAUCACCAGAACCGCUAAAAAGUACCAUGCCGUGAACUGGUAA